AUGAGUGAAGAUUUGAAGCGGAAAAGUAAAGGCGGGGCAGAAAAGCAACGUGAAAAGAAACAAAAGCUUCUUCUUCAAGGGGGAGAAAAGUGUAAAAAGAUAACCGAACUUUUUAGACUAAGUACCCCCACCCAGUUUGCUGGUGAUACUCUGGUUGAUGAUUUAGGUUCUCAAAUUUCUGACGGCGAUCAAGCCGGUCCUGCCAUCUCAGCCUCCGUGAGCUGCACUGUGCUAACUCCAUCCCAGAAAUCUGUAUCCUCUGACUCCUGGCCUCAGAAUCAGUGUUCGAAAAUUUUCAUGCGUCCACAAUCGCAGUGCCUUGAAUCAUUUUUCAAGAGUCAUCCGGUUCAACCAAAAGAGGAUGGGGAAAAUUUACCAUUUUCAAAUGUUCGUCGAGUGUUUUAUAGAAGCCAAGACGAUAUCAAUAGGGUUUGGCUUUCUUACUGUCACAGUUCGAAGGCCAUGUUUUGCACACUGUGUCUGGCCCACAGCAAAGCUAGUGAAUCCAAUGCAUUUACUGGUGGCAUGAAUGAUUGGAAGCAUGUUCACCAACGAAUCGAAGAACACGAAUCGAGUAAACACCAUUGCAGGAGUGUAGAGGCACACAUUAUGUCGAGCAAUGACAAGGAUGUAUAUAGCUUGCUUUUUUCAAAUCAAAAAAAUGUGAGAGCUGCUCAAGUUAAAGAAAAACGGCAAGUUCUAGAACGUGUGAUAGAAAUUGUUAAACUUAUUGGAAAGCGAGGACUUAGUUACAGAUCUAUCAAUGACGCAGCCUACUGUCUGGACAAUGUCAAUAUUGACCACGGAAACCUUUUAGAAAUUUUAAUCCUUCUGUCUAAAUUUGACCCGCUUAUGAAAAAUCAUCUUGACAUCGUGACGGAGAAAAGUAAGCAACAACAUGUCACGUGCGCAGCAUCAGGAACGAAGGGACGAGGAGGGUUAGUAACAUUUAUUUCAAGCACUACUGUCAAUUAUGUAAUUGAAUCUGUUCGCCGUAUGAUUAAGGCAUCGAUUGCAGAUGAGAUUCAAUCGGCAGGAAUGUUCUCCGUGCAACUGGAUACAACGCAAGAUGUUAGCGUAAAGGAUCAAUGCUCGAUUGUAAUUCGAUAUGUUAAAGACCAUAUUUACGAGCGACUGGUAUCCGUCAGCAAUUGUACUAAUUCGACAGGCAAGGGUAUGUUCGAGCUGUUCCGGGAUGAAAUUGUCAAAAUGGGCAUAAACAUUGAAAACUGUGUGGGAAACUCUACAGACGGGGCGGCAAACAUGCAGGGCCAAUAUUCCGGUUUCACAAAAUGGCUCAGUGAGGCAUCCCCAAACCAAGUGCAUGUGUGGUGUUACGCUCAUGUAUUGAAUCUUGUUCUUGUUGAUACCACACAAACCACCAAAGCUGCUAUCAGUAUAUUUCAGCUUAUAAACAAAUGUGCUGUUUUCUUGCGCGAAUCAUAUGUACGAAUAGACAUAUGA